AUGAACGCUUCAACAGAAACACACACAACGCCCAACGAGGAAUCGGCCGCCACGGUGGUUUCGUCGGCGCAGAGCACGACCGCGAGUCCUCCGCUCGCGCCCGAAGAACUCACGGUCCGAUGCUUGACGUCGGAAGAGGCUUUCGAGGCGUUGGGCGAAGCCUGGGAAGAACUCUCCCACGGUAUUCCCUUUCGGCGUCCCGCUUGGUGUGAAGCUUGGUGGCGUCACUACCGUGAGCCGAACGCAGAAUUGCUGAUCUUAGCCGUCGAGGACCACGCCGGAAGACUGAUCGGCCUGGCUCCCUGGUACCAAAAACGAUCAUUACGCGAAGGUCGGGUCAUUCGCUUCCUCGGCUCCGGCGAGGUCUGCUCCGACUACGUCACGCUGCUGAGUCAGGAAGGUUGUGAGACUGCAGUCGCUCAGUGCAUCGCCACGUGGCUGAGUGACAGCUACGAGGGGAAAUGGGAUUCGAUCAACCUCGACGGUGUGAUUGGGGACGACCUUGCGAUUGAGACCUUGGCCGCACAACUUGAAACCGAGGGCGCUACGGUCGACCGGCCGGCUGCUCAACAAUGCUGGCGAAUUGAGUUCCCGGCGAAUUGGGACGAGUAUCUGGCCCGGCUUUCCCGCAAGCGUCGCGAACGGGUGCGAGCAUUUGUGCGUCGCAUGUUCGAUUCAAACGUGGCCACCUGGCGAUUGGCCGAAACCGGCGAAGACGUAGCCCGCGGGUACGACAUUCUGAUUGAUUUACAUCAGCGCCGCCGCAACUCGCUGGAAGAAAAAGGUUGUUUCGCUUCGGACACGUUCACCGAGUUCCAUCGCGAAAUGCUGCACCGGCUUGCCGCCGAAGGUCGCGCUCGCAUUCAUUGGAUCGAACUGGAUGGCAGCCCGAUCGCGGUUGAGUACGACCUGAUUGGGGCCGACACGGUGUACGUGUAUCAGACUGGCAUCGAUCCCGAGGCCGUCGAGCACAGUCCCGGCUGGUUGAGUGCGAUCGCCUCGAUUCGCUCGGCGCUCGAAGGCGGAUACGCCAGCUUCGAUUUCCUGCGUGGUGAUGAGCCCUACAAAGCCACACUGCGAGGCGAACCCGUCGCCAUGCAAACCGUUCAUAUCACCGCCCGUAAUGCAGGGGCCCAGAUGCGGCGCUGCAUUCGGCGUUCGAUUCGUCUGACGAAAGACCAGUUGAAACAGCGUUUGAACCGAUCGAGAAACAUCAUGCCGCUUUGGAAAAGCCUUUUACUGUCUGGCUAUUACCACUGCACGCUUCCGUAUCGCAAUCGUCGCAACCAUGCCGCCGCCGCGGCGGGCCGCGCACCGAUCAUCGUGCUGUUGUAUCACCGCAUUGCCGACGACGCGGCGAACGCCUGGACGAUGUCCAACGAGAUGUUCUUCAAGCAAAUCGAUUGGUUGCGUCGCAACUACGAUAUUGUUUCGCUACACGAAGCCAAGAAGCGAAUCGCCAGCGAAGACAACGAUGAACCCUGCGUGGCGAUAACCUUCGACGACGGGUAUGCCAUCAACUGUCAGUACGCACUGCCGAUGCUGGUGCGCGAGCGGAUUCCUUGCACGUACUUCGUCACCACCGAAGCCGCGUUGACGGGCGGCCCUUUCCCGCAUGACCUGGCGAUGGGGAAUCGUUUUGAGCCCAACACACUGGAACAGCUCAAAGCCCUGGCAGGUGCCGGCAUCGAGAUUGGAGCCCACACCCGAACUCAUGUCGACAUCGGCAAGGUGACCGAUCCCGACGAGUUGUUCGACGAGUUGGUCACGGCCCGCGAUGAAUUGCAGACGGCCUUGAAACACCCGAUUCGCUACUUCGCGUUUCCCUUUGGACAACACCGGCGUCUGUCGGCCCCGGCGUUUCAAUUGGGACACCGCUGUGGGUACGAGGCCAUGUGUUCGGCCUAUGGGGGCUACAACUUCCCGGGCGACGACUCGUUCCAUAUCCAACGCAUUCCGGCUGACGAAAGCUUCAUGCGGCUGAAGAACUGGGUCACGGUCGACCCUCGCAAACUGCGGGGCAUCCGACAAGAACUCGAGUUUGAGCCGUUGGAAAGUCCAGCGGUGGCCGAACUGCGGACCGAUUCGUUGGCCAGCAGUGUGAUGGUGCUGCUUGCGCUGACCGUCGUGCAGCGGUUGGUCGGCUUCAUCCGCAGCGUACUGUUCUGCCGCUGGCUGGCUCCGGCCGAACUGGGCCAGUGGGAUCUGAUUCUGGCGUUCCUCGAACUGGCCGCCCCAGUGGCCGUGCUUGGAAUCCCCGGUUCCUUCGGGCGGUACGUGGAGCACUACCGGCAACAUGGCCAACUGCGAACGUUUCUGGGUCGCACGACGGCCGUAAGCGGAGUGCUGGCGAUUGUCGCGAUCACCUUCAUCCUCGCCAAACCGUCGUGGUUCUCGAAGCUGGUCUUCGGAAUCGAUAACCAGAUCAACUUGGUCUACCUGGUGGCCCUGAGUUUAGGGGCCGUGAUCGUGCACAACUUUGUGUGCGAGCUGUUUGCUGCUUUGCGGAUGUUUCGCGUUUCAUCGCUGUUGCAGUUCGCCAACGGGGUGCUGUUCGCCGCCCUGGGCAUCGGGCUGCUCGUCGGCUGGCGGCUUGAUGCCUCGAGUGUGGUGUUGGCCUAUGGCGGGGCAUGUGCCAUCUGUGCAAUAGGCGCCAUGCUUUUCUUCCGAACCGUAUGGCGUUCGAUCCCAGCGACAACGCAGCCGCUUUCCCAACGCACCUUAUGGGCGAAGCUCAUACCCUUUGCCGUGUGGAUCUGGCUAGGCAACUGGCUCACCAACCUGUUCGUCAUUACCGAUCGCUACAUGAUCGUGCACUUCAGCGGCCUCGAUUCUGAAACUUCGCUGCAGCUUGUCGGGCAAUAUCACAGUUCGCGAAUACUUCCGGUACUGCUGGUCUCCAUCACCGGGAUGCUUUCGACGAUGAUCAUCCCGCACCUCAGCCACGACUGGGAGGCCGGGCGCCAAGACUUGGUCGCACGGCGGAUGCAAUUGACGAUGAAACUCGUCGGGCUCAGUGUGCUGGGUGCUGCGAGCGGAAUCUAUCUGCUGGCACCAUGGCUGUUCACGUACGCAUUCGCAGGCAAGUUCGCCCUGGGGCUUUCGGUGUUGCCGUGGACCUUGAUGUACUGCACAUGGUUCUCGAUGGUGACCCUCGUGCAGAUUUACCUGUGGUGCGCAGAACGCGCCCGCUUGGGAAGUGUGGCCUUGGCGAUCGGGCUGGUGGUGAACAUCUGCUUGAACCUCGUACUACUGCCACGACUGGAACUGCUGGGUGCCGUGCUGGCCACCUGUGUGGCGAACGCGAUUACGUUGGUCGCGCUGUACCAAUUCUGUCGCCCUCAAGGGCUCCUGCUCGAUCGGGGGACUUGGAUCAUUUCGGUCGCCCCCGUGUUGCUGUUUCUUCCGGUGUGGGGCACCUGGCUGGGGCUACUCGCCAUGGUGGCCAUGAUCUUCACCACCGAUCAGAUGCUCGACCACGACGAAAAGCAGGACCCCGGCAUGUUUACGCAUCGAAAACCCAGCGACGAUGAACCGUUGCGGGUGAUGUUCAUCAAUACGCAUCUCUCCGUGGGCGGGGCCGAAACACUGCUGGUCAACCUCAUCCGCCGCAUGGACCGCGAUCGCUUUGCCCCCGAGUUGUGCUGCCUGAAGCAUCUGGGCCCGUUGGGCGAAGAGCUGGCCGACGAGGUUCCGGCGUUCAACGGAUUACUGCAUAGCAAAAAGGACAUCUUUGUCGUUGAACGACUGGGCCGGCUGAUGCGCCAGCGAGAGAUCGAUGCAGUAGUCACUGUCGGCACCGGCGGCGAUAAGAUGUUCUGGGGUCGACUAGCCGCGUGGCGGGCCGGAGUGCCGGUGGUUCUCUCGGCCUUGCACUCCACGGGCCUUCCCGAUCAUGUCGAGCGCCCCAAUCGCCUGUUGGCCCGCUGGACCGAUGGGUUUAUCGCCGUCGCCGAAUCGCAUGGCCAUUACCUGGCUGAAGCCGAAGGUUGCCCCGAAGACAAAGUGUUCGUGGUACCCAAUGGCGUGAACGUCGAAUGCUUCGCCCCCCAACCAGCCGACCAAGAGCUGCGGCGCGAGCUGGGACUAUCCGCAGGACAACCGGUGGCCAUCAUCGUGGCCGCAAUGCGACCGGAGAAAAACCACGCCCUGUUCUUGAAAGCCGCGGCCGAAGUACGCGAGUCGAUGCCCGAGGCACGCUUUCUCAUCGUGGGCGAUGGACCCUGCCGCGGCGAGUUGGAAUCGCUAGCCGCUUCGCUCAAACUGGAAGACACGGUUCAGUUUCUUGGUGUUCGCUCUGACGUGGCGAAGUUGCUUUCGCUGUCCAAUGUCGCGGUGCUCACUUCGAAGAUGGAAGCCAAUCCCGUUUCGCUGCUCGAGGCCAUGGCCACGGCGACCCCAGUGAUUGCAACCCGCGUGGGUUCGAUUCCCGAAACGGUGAUCGAUGGCCAUUGCGGUUUCUUAGUCCCACCCGAUGACGUCGAAGCGCUGGCCCGACGAAUCGAGGUGUUGUUCAGCGACCGGGACCUCGCCGAAUCGAUCGGCCAACAAGCCCGCGAGCACGUGGUCGCCAACUGGUCGCUCGACCGCAUGGUGCAAGGCUACGAAGAUCUCAUCACCCGCAUCUAUCGCCAAAAACGCGGCGGGUUGCGUCCCACGGGGAAGAACACCGUGGAGCCUCAGGCAGUCGAGCACGAAGAAGUCGUUUCUGUCGGCUAA